AUGGCUUAUGUGCGACAGUCAGUAGUAUUGAGUUGUAUUGAGUGGUUAUGCAAUAACUCCGAGACGAGUGCCAAUGUGUGGCAAGUGUUGGAAGUGAUGGUGAGAUGUCGUGCGUGUAAUUCAUUUGAUUAUCCUAUGCUAUCGUUUGCAAUCCUCAGCCAAUUAGUGGCAUCGCAAGCGUUGGAGUUCAAUCAUCACCUAAAUAUAUUCUGGAAUAAAAAUGUGUUUGAGUGGAAAUGGGUUGCAAAACAGGCUGUGCUCUCAGGGAUACACUGUAUUCACGCAAUUAAUACUGUGUUCUGCAGUCGAGUUCAUCCGAAACUCGUCCUCACGAGUCAGCCCUCAGCGCCAAUAGACGAGGCAAAGCACCAUGUAUUAUUAGGCGAUUUAGUGCCACAACUGCUACUAAUAGUGUACCAGAAGUGGGAUAAAGCCAUAGAAGGCAUUGCAUAAUAAUGAUCAACAAAAAGACGACAAAACAUAAGAAUCAAAAGAAAGUCAAUUCAGUGAUCGUCGAGAAGAAUAAGAAGUUGAGUACAAGAGGCAGAAGACGCUCUAAAAACGAGUCAUCGAUUUCCGGUACAAAACAGUCAAAAAUUGAUACAAAAAAAGAGUCAAAUCAUAAGAAAGCAAAGGAUAAGAAAUCUGAUAAAUCGAGUGCUAAUGUUAGGAGUUUGCGGUUAUCAGACAAAAAUGAUACACACAAUGGUUACAAUAGUAAGUCUAAUAAGUCAUCAAAAGUUACAAAUAUUAAAGAAAUUGUGAAAAAAGUGAAAAACAAAGCUAACAAAACCUGUAAUGAUAUUAAAGAAGUAGUCAAAAGGGAACUGAGAAAUAAUUGUAAAAUUAGUUUCGAUUUCGAAAAGCAAGAAAUUAAAAUGAAAAAUAAUGCCAAAAGCACUUCAGAUAGAAAUACAAACGCCAAACAAAAAAGCGAUACAAUUGUGUGGAAUCACGACAACGAAAAGUUGAAUCCAAAAAACUCAUCGAAAUAUAACUCCAAAUCUAAUUUAUGUUCAAAACUCUUCCCAACACUGAAUUGUGUUAAAUCGACAAAUGGUAGCAAAACUUGUAAUAAAUUAGAAAAGCAGCAAAAUUUGGACUCAAAAAUUAAUGGUAAAACAAAUUUAAAGAUUGAAAACAAACCAUUGAUUGUUACGAAAGAAAAGUUGACUAAAAAAUCGACGAAUAAUAAGAAGAAAACUAAACCAAAGACAAAGUCAAACAACAAAAUACGGAAAUCCUUUAAUAUAAAAAAGAAAUCAAAUUCUAGUUCUAAACAAAUGAAGAAAACUGUGAAAAAAGAGACUAAAAAACCGAAAAAAACUAUUAAAAAUAAAAAGACUAAAUUAAAGAAAGAGUCGAAAACGGGUAAGAGUUUAGAAAAGGAGGGGAAAGGUAUGAGAAAUAAUCCGAUUGUGAGAAGAGGACAUCGAGUGGCGAGUCUUAACGCGAUCGCAAAAGUGAGACUUUUGUGCGAAAAUGAGUUCGAAAGACAU